GUGACAACUAACAACGAAAACAGUGGAACUUCAAAGCGAUCGCUGGAAGUGUUUGUUGCAUCUACACGAUGGAAACAGUGGUAGACGAAAUUAUUACGGACAAGACUAUCAGUCCUGCUUUCCAAAGAGCAGUGUACCAGACAGGAUGGGUUACCGCUCGGGCCACCGAGAUCCAGCAGGAAUUAACACGGGGUGAAAGUAAACCUUUUGAUGAACUUGUUCUACAUUUUGGUGACCCUCAAGGAUUUGGCCAGCCACCAAUCACGUCUAUGAGACAGUUUCUAGCAUGUCUCCUUUGUCCAAAUUGCCUUGAUGACCCAAGCUACCCGGUAGAUGUAAAAGAGAAAGCUCGCAGAAUCCUUAAGGCAAAACGAGGAUGUACCAUAAGUUCUUACACUGAUUUCGUUGGAUUACGACUUGUUCGUGAAGAUGUAGCCAAAUUUAUCUCAAGAAGAGAUGGUUAUCCUGCUGAUCCAGAUGACAUCAUUCUAACAAAUGGGGGAUCAAUAGGCAUACAGAUUGGCGUGGAAGCGCUCGGCACCAGUUCUCUCAACGACAGAGGAAGGGCAGGACUCAUGAUUCCGGUUCCGGGCUUUUAUCAAUACACUGCCAGGAGCAUAGAUUUCAAAUUUUACAAAAUUCCUUACUAUUUGGAGGAAGAAAACAACUGGAAUUUUAACACUAGCGAACUGAAGAGAGCAUUAGACGAGGCCAAGCCACACUGUACACCGAGGGGACUGGUACUCGUUAAUCCAGGAAAUCCCACAGGCCAUGUAUUGACUUAUAACACCAUUAGAGACGUUAUCAAGUUUUGCGCCAGAGAGAAACUGGUUUUAUUCGCCGAUGAAGUAUAUCAGGAAACACUGUUUACGAAUGAGGUCCAGUUCCACUCGUGCAAAAAGGUUCUGAGGGACCUUGGACCCGAGUACAUUAAAUUUCAGCUGAUGUCAAUACACUCAGUCUCCAAAGGAAUUUAUGGCGAGUGUGGCUUACGUGGAGCGUACUUGGAGUUAGUAGCAUUUAGCAAAGAGGUCAAACGUCAAUUUAGAAACAAACUCACGCCACAUAGCUGCCCUUCAACGAUUGGACAGGCCGCCCUGAGUGCGAUGUGCAAUCCGCCUCAACCUGGUGACGAGUCUUACGAAGUGUUUAUUAAGGAGAAGAUGGCCAUUUUAGACUCGUAUCAAAGGAAAGCCAAGAUCACCACCUCAAUGUUGAAUUCUCUUGAAGGAAUAACGUGUAGUGAAGUAACUGGAGCCUUGUACGCCUUUCCCAGAGUUCAUCUUCCACGGAAAGCUAUAGAAGAGGCCAAAUUAGCAAAUUGUGGACCGGACGAGUUCUACUGCUGGCAGAUGCUUGAGGCCACUGGAAUAACUCCCGCAUGUGGGUAUUUGUUUGGACAGAAGGAAGGGACCCAUCAUUUUAGACUUACAAUUCUACCUCCAGAAGAAAAACUAGUGCCCAUGUUCGACAGAAUAAGCAAGUUUCACAAGGAAUUCAUGGAUAAAUACAGGGAUGAUAAUGAUAAUAACAAGCUGUAGUGACUUAACAAGCCAACAACAAAAAAGUCGCGGAAUAACAAAAAAUAAAAUAACUGGAAUGAUUUCUACCUGUCCAUUUGCGUACGCGGUUACAAGGAACCAGACUAGGAAACUUGUUAUUUAUUUAAACUUAUGCUAUCCAACUUAUUGUUGAUGAACUACGUUAUACAAUUGUAAAGCAUUUUCCCAGGCAUUGUCACCGCUGACAUGUGCCCUGACACGGAAAGAUAUGAAAGAAAUAUGAAAACAUGAAAAAAACCACAAACCACUGACA